CGAUUUUCAGGUUAUUUUAUUGCUAUUUAACCUUUCACAUUGCAACACGUUUUUUUCCCUUUCAACUUUGUUUUACUGAAGUAAAAGGGAAUUUAAUAUUUUAUAUAUGAUUUCCAAAGUAGAAUAUCUCGUAGCGGACACGAGUGCUUUUAUUAAAUAUGCACAGUUCCAGGACAUCUGCGAGAAUGUUAUAACGGUCGAGGAAGUGAUUUCUGAGGUCAAAAACACGAAGCAGUUCAAACACAUCGUCGAUUUUCCUUUUGACUUGCAACUCAAGGAAGUCGAGCCGGAAAACGUGACAUUCGUAACCAAAUUUUCAAAAAAAACUGGUGAUUACCCUGCACUAUCUGCAACUGACAUUAAUGUGCUAGCAUUGACUUACCAAUUAGAAAAGCAGUUUGUUGGAAUUAACCAUCUGAAAACAGAGCCUAUAGCCCAAAAAUCUGUUGAACCUAUUUGUCAUAGUGUGACCAAUGCAGCUGACAUCAUUGGAUUUUAUUCUCCUGAAAGUGAUGAGGAAUGUGAGUUCUCUAACAAAAAUGAACAAUAUAACAAUUCCACUGAUAUUGAAAAACAAUCUGUUGAAUUAACAAAUGUUGAUGAUGCUGAACAAGAGGUACCAGAUAUUGACAGUAAGCUUCUUACAAGUUUGAAACAUUUGUCAUGCCAAGAUAACGAGGAAUCAGGUUGUGAUCAAGAUGACCCAUGUGCUUUGGAUGAUGAUGAUGCUGGAUGGAUAACACCUGCUAAUAUUGUCACGUCAAAGCAAGAUAUGAAUGGAGACGUUGUGGAGAAUAAAAAAGUAAAAGUGGCUUGCCUUACUACAGAUUUUGCUAUGCAAAAUGUUCUUAAACAAAUUGGCCUUAACUUAGUUACACUCGAUGGCUUGAUAAUAAAGGAAGUGAAAACCUUCAUUCUAAGAUGUUACGCUUGUUUUAAAACAACAUCAAUAAUGACAAAAUUAUUUUGCCCUAAUUGUGGAAACAAAACAUUAAAGAGAGUAGCAGUAACUGUUGAUGAAGAAGGAAAAGAGCACAUUCAUAUAAAUUUCAGUAGACCUCUUACUGCAAAAGGAAAAAAGUUUCCAGUUCCAAAAUUUCAUGGUGGUAAACACUCAAACAACCCAAUUUUAAGUGAAGAUCAAAGGGUGCCUCAACAGAGAAUAUCAAAAAUGGCUCGCCAAAAAAAUAAUCCUUUGAAAGAUGAUUACAUCGCAUGUUCUUCCCCGUUCUUAAUGAGAGACAUAAGUUCUAAAUCUGCUAUCCUUGGGGUUCAGAGGAAGGUUGAACUUAAGUCUUGGAUGAGGAGAAAUCCUAAUGAAGUCACUAAGAAAAGAAGAAAAAAGUGAAUGAUUUAUGAAUGUUAAUAAAUUUUUUUUAUUUCCUUU